AGAGGAGAAGAUAGCAAUCAUGCGUGAAAAGCAUACAGCUCUAAUGAAGCCCAUUGUAUUUGCUUUGGAACACGUACGGAGCAUCACUGCAGCUCCUGCAGAAACUCCUCAUGAGAAAUGGUUUCAGGAUAACUAUGGGGAUGCAAUUGAAAAUGCACUAGAGAAACUGAAGAAUCCUUUGAAUCCUGCUAAACCUGGAAGCAGCUGGCUCCCAUUUAAAGAGGUUAUGCUAAGUUUGCAGCAAAGAGCACAGAAACGAGCUAGUUACCUUCUACGGCUUGAAGAAAUCAGUCCUUGGUUGGCUACCAUGAUGAACACUGAAAUAGCACUUCCUGGAGAAGUAUCUACCAGAGACACAGUCACAAUUCAUAGUGUGGGCAGCACCAUCACAAUCCUGCCUACCAAAACAAAACCAAAAAAGCUGCUCUUCCUGGGUUCAGAUGGGAAGAACUAUCCCUACCUGUUCAAAGGUUUGGAAGACUUGCAUCUAGAUGAAAGAAUCAUGCAGUUCUUAUCAAUUGUGAACACAAUGUUUGCUACCAUUAACCGUCAAGAGACGCCGAGGUUCCACGCAAGGCACUACUCUGUGACACCUCUGGGAACAAGAUCAGGCUUGAUCCAGUGGGUGGAUGGAGCUACACCUUUGUUUGGUCUCUACAAGCGGUGGCAACAGCGAGAAGCUGCUUUACAAGCACAAAAGGCUCAGGACUCUUACCAGACUCCCCAGAAUCCUGGAAUAGUGCCUAGACCCAGUGAACUUUACUAUAGUAAAAUUGGACCGGCUUUAAAGGCAGUUGGACUUAGCCUUGAUGUGUCACGUCGUGACUGGCCCUUGAAUGUCAUGAGGGCUGUUCUAGAAGAAUUGAUGGAAGCAACUCCCCCAAAUCUCUUAGCUAAGGAGCUCUGGUCAUCAUGUACUACACCAGAUGAGUGGUGGAGAGUUACACAGUCGUAUGCAAGAUCCACUGCAGUUAUGUCCAUGGUUGGCUACAUCAUUGGUCUUGGAGACAGACACCUGGAUAAUGUUCUUAUAGAUAUGACUACAGGAGAAGUUGUCCACAUAGAUUAUAAUGUUUGCUUUGAAAAAGGGAAAAGCCUUAGGGUACCAGAGAAGGUUCCAUUCCGGAUGACGCAUAAUAUUGAAACAGCACUUGGAGUGACAGGAGUCGAAGGGGUUUUCAGGCUUUCUUGUGAACAGGUCCUUCAUAUUAUGCGGCGUGGGAGAGAGACUUUGCUUACGUUACUUGAAGCUUUUGUUUAUGAUCCUCUGGUGGACUGGACAGCAGGAGGGGAAGCAGGAUUUGCCGGAGCUGUCUAUGGUGGUGGUGGCCAGCAGGCAGAGAACAAACAAAGCAAAAGAGAAAUGGAAAGAGAUAUUACACGUAGUCUCUUUUCUUCAAGAGUGGCUGAGAUAAAGGUUAACUGGUUUAAGAACAGAGAUGAAAUGCUUGCUGUGCUGCCAAAAUUGGACAGUAGUUUAGAAGAGUAUCUGAACCUGCAAGAGCAGUUGACAGAUGUAGAAAAGUUGCAAGGAAAACUACUGGAGGAGAUAGAAUUUCUGGAAGGUGCCGAAGGAGUGGACCAUCCCUCGCAUACGCUUCAGCACAGGUAUUCUGAGCACACACAGUUGCAGUCUCAACAAAGAGCUGUCCAGGAAGCAAUCCAGGUGAAGCUGAAUGAGUUUGAGCAGUGGAUAACACACUACCAAACUGCUUUCACGAAUUUAGAGGCAACACAACUUGCAAGUCUUCUUCAAGAAAUUAGCACACAAAUGGACCUAGGUCCUCCAAGUUAUGUACCAGCUACAGCAUUUCUGCAAAAUGCGGGCCAGGCACAUUUAAUCAGUCAGUGUGAACAACUGGAAGGAGAAGUUGGUGCUCUUCUCCAGCAAAGGAGAUCUGUUUUACGUGGUUGCCUUGAACAGUUGCACACUUAUGCAACAGUAGCUCUUCAGUAUCCAAAAGCUGUGUUUCAGAAGCACCGAAUAGAGCAGUGGAAAACCUGGAUGGAAGAACUCAUCUGUAACAUGACAAUAGAGCGCUGUCAGGAUAUCUUUAGAAAGUAUGAAAUGCAAUAUGCUCCUCAACCACCUCCAAGUAUGUGUCAGUUCAUAACCGCUACAGAAAUGACUCUACAGCGCUAUGCAGCAGAUAUAAAUAACAGACUUAUCAGGCAGGCGGAACGUUUGAAACAGGAGGCAGGUACUGUGCCCGUUUGUGAAGAGCAGUUGAAAGAAAUUGAACGUUGCAUAAAAGUUUUUCUUCAUGAAAAUGGAGAGGAGGGCUCACUGAGCUUAGCAAGUGUCAUCAUCUCUGCUCUUUGUACGUUGACAAGGCGAAAUCUGAUGAUGGAAGGUGCAGCAUCUAGUGCUGGAGAGCAACUCGUUGAUUUGACUUCAAGAGAUGGAGCCUGGUUCUUAGAGGAGCUUUGCAGCAUGAGUGGGAAUGUUACGUGCCUUGUGCAGUUGCUGAAGCAGUGUCAUCUUGUACCGCAGGACUUAGAUAUUCCUAACCCAAUUGAAGCAUCAGAAGCUGUUCACUUAGCGAAUGGAGUAUAUAUCUCACUUCAGGAAUUGAAUUCAAACUUCCGACAGAUCAUUUUUCCUGAAGCUCUCAGGUGCUUAAUGAAAGGAGAGUAUACUUUAGAAAGUAUGCUCCAUGAAUUAGAUAAUCUUAUUGAACAAACAACUGAUGGAGUCCCUUUGCAAACAUUGGUUGAAUCUCUUCAAGCCUACUUACGAAAUGCUGCUAUGGGACUAGAGGAAGAAACACAUACUCAUUACAUUGAUGUUGCAAGAGUACUGCACGCUCAGUAUGGUGAGCUGAUUCAGCCAAGAAAUGGUUCAGUUGAUGAAACUCCCAAAAUGUCAGCUGGUCAGAUGCUUCUGGUAGCCUUUGAUGGAAUGUUUGCUCAAGUGGAAACUGCAUUUGGCUUAUUGAUUGAAAAGCUAAACAAGAUGGAAAUACCUGUUGCUUGGCGUAAGAUUGACAUAAUUAGGGAAGCCCGCAGCACCCAGGUUAACUUCUUUGAUGAUGACAAUAAUCGGCAAGUUCUAGAGGAAAUUUUCUUUCUGAAGAGGCUGCAAACAAUUAAAGAAUUUUUCAGGCUCUGCGGUACCUUUUCUAAAACUUUGUCAGGAAUCGGCUCACUUGAAGAUCAGAAUGCAGUAAACGGACCUGUUCAAAUUGUCAAUGUGAAAGCCCUGUACAGAAACUCUUGUUUUAGUGAAGACCAAAUGGCCAAACCAAUCAAGGCUUUUACAGCUGACUUUGUGAGACAGCUUUUAAUUGGCCUUCCAAAUCAAGCUUUGGGACUUACUUUGUGCAGUUUCAUCAGUGCUUUAGGUGUCGAUAUCAUUGCUCAGGUAGAGGCUAAAGACUUUGGAGCAGAAAGCAAAGUUUCUGUGGAUGACCUGUGCAAGAAAGCUGUGGAGCACAAUAUCCAAAUUGGCAAGUUCUCGCAGUUGGUCAUGAACAGAGCAACAGUAUUAGCUAGUUCAUAUGAUACAGCAUGGAAGAAGCAUGAUCUGGUGCGCAGACUUGAAACCAGUAUUUCAUCUUGCAAGACCAGUCUUCAGAGAGUACAGCUGCAUAUUGCCAUGUUCCAGUGGCAGCAUGAAGAUCUGCUUAUCAGUCGCCCACAAGCUAUUUCUGUUACUCCACCUCGUUCUGCAAUUUUAGCCAGCAUGAAAAAGAAACUUCACACGCUCAGUCAGAUUGAAGCUUCAAUUGCUACAGUCCAGGAGAAACUAGCAGCACUUGAAGCAAGUAUUGAGCAGCGUUUAAAAUGGGCAGGAGGUGCUAAUCCUGCAUUGGCACCAGUUUUGCAAGAUUUUGAUGCCACUAUUGCUGAAAGAAGAAAUCUUGUACUGAAAGAAAGUCAAAGAGCAAGUCAGGUCACUUUCCUCUGCAGUAAUAUCAUUCAUUUUGAAAGUUUACGUACUAGAACAGCAGAAGCCUUAAAUCUUGAUGCUGCAUUAUUUGAACUUCUGAAACGCUGUCAACAAAUGUGCUCAUUUGCAUCGCAGUUCAACAGUUCAGUCUCUGAACUUGAGCUUCGCCUACUUCAGAGAGUGGGCACUGGUCUUGAACACCCUAUUGGCAGCUCUGAAUGGCUUCACUCAGCUCACAAGCAGUUGACCCAGGAAAUAUCUACACAGAGAACAGUACAAACAGAAAGAGAACAGCAAAUAGAAACAGUUUGUGAAACAAUUCAGAAUCUGGUGGAUAGUAUUAAAACUGUGCUCACGGGUCAUAACAGACAACUUGGAGAUGUCAAGCAUCUACUGAAAGCUAUGGCAAAGGAUGAAGAAGCAGCUUUGGCAGAUGGUGAAGAUAUUCCCUAUGAGAACAGUGUUAGGCAGUUCUUGGGUGAAUAUAAAUCAUGGCAAGAUAAUAUUCAGACUGUUCUGUUUACAUUAGUUCAGGUUAUGGGUCAGGUCCGCAGUCAGGAACAUGUUGAAAUGCUGCAAGAAAUAACUCCCGCCUUGAAAGAACUGAAAACACAGAGCCAAAGUGUCUACAAUAAUCUAGUGGGUUUUGCAUCACCCUUAGUCACGGAUACAUCAAAUGAAUGCUCAAGCCCAACAUCAGCUGCUACGUAUCAACCAACCUUUGCUGCAGCUGUUCGUAGCAAUACAGGGCAGAAAACUCAGCCAGAGGUGAUGUCACAGAAUGCAAGAAAGUUAAUUCAGAAAAAUCUUGCCACAUCAGCAGACACUCCUCCAAGCACAGUCCCAGGAACUGGCAAAAGUGUUGCCUGUAGUCCCAAAAAGACAGCCAGGGACCCUAAAACGGGAAAAGCUGUGCAGGAAAGGAAUUCAUAUGCGGUUAGCGUGUGGAAGCGGGUCAAAGCCAAGUUAGAGGGCCGAGAUGUGGAUCCCAACAGGAGAAUGUCUGUUGCUGAACAGGUUGACUUUGUGAUUAAGGAAGCAACUAAUCUAGAUAACUUGGCUCAGCUGUAUGAAGGUUGGACUGCCUGGGUAUGAGUAGGGAGAAAGCAGAUCAGUCUGGUUCAGCGAGGUCAGACAUCCACCAGAAUCAACUCGGCCUCAGGCAUCCGUAGCCGCACCACAGUCGGUGGUGAUGCAUACUGGGGCUUAAUCUGAGGAAACCUAGGAAAUCUCGGUGCACUGGGAAGUGAAUCCUGCAGGAUAGCUGCACUCAGGGAUACGCUAAACACAAUGGUCUGCAACCCCCACGGUCAAGGGUGAAAGCUCACCGCUUGAGCAACACGGUUUGUCUUUCUGCCACGGAAGAACUGCAAAUGUGUCUGGGGGGGUUAGCUGCAGAAAGAAAUCAGGAUGCUACAAACCGCAGAGCGAUUUGGAACUCAAUUCCACCUGACCCUGUGAACAAUUCAGGAAACACCGAACCCUAUUCAAAGAAAAACAGAAAAAAUGGGGCCAUGAAGAAGUCACAGCAAGGGAAGAUUUGAUGCAUUCAGAUUCUUGUUACUCUUGUGGCGUGGCAACAGUGCUGGUUGAGUUGACCAGUUAGUACGGAAAAAGGCUACGAAAUGUAAACUUCAGAAAUGGACUGAAAGCAAAGAGAUGUACAUCGAUAUACGCUGCAUUGGAAGAACUUCUGAGAUAGAAGAAAAAGCCUUUGUUCUCCUCUUCCUUUCUUCUUUCCUUUCUCUCCUCCCUCCCAGCCUCUCCUCGCGUACACCCCUCUUGGCUUAUUCUUGUAGGUUAGGCGUACUUCCAAUAACUUUUUAUUUCAAUCCUUCUACUUCACAGUUUAGUCAAAUUAACAAAUUUUGUUUGGUAAACAAAUUUUCGAAAAGCACUGAAAAUAUAUAACAUCAAUGAUUACGUACGAGUUGGAUGGUCGAAUGCAAAAUGUAAUUUUGGUUAUUUUGAAGUCAUUUCUGUGAUUCUGUUAUGUACAGUUUCUCAAAAUUGUCACUGUGCAUUUAAAAGUAAUGAAUCCUACAGGCAUUUGUUUUAACAUGCACUUCCCUUCGCUUGCAGUGUACACUUUUUUGUAAUUCAAAUUGUCCCUCCAAUCUCAUUCUACUGUGAUUGCUGUAGUUUCUUUCGUACGACGUAGCUAAUCCAAUGUAAUCUUUACCUUUUUAAAAACCAGGAUAGAGUAUCUAGUAGAGUUUUACAUUAUUGAUGACAGAUAAACAAUAAAGUGAUGUUCUGGUGGA